AUGAUAAUAGAGCCAAAGACAGCAUUGCAAUUAGAAACACAGUUUAUUAUAAAAUCACUUCGACGAGACAGCAGCAACGAACGGGGAGCUUGCUUAGUACAACUAAUAUACACAGUUCUAAACUCAGGAGCGCAUACACCGCUCGCUUUAACUGUAGAGCUCGAUAUACAACCAUCGAAAACGCAGCAAUGCAAUGCCCUGAGAGCGUUGAUGUUUAGGAUACAACUGAUGUUAUGCUGCAGGGAAUCCGAAACGCAGUCAUCGGCCGGUUGGAAAACGCUUUCAUCGGUAUUUAAAUAUGCCGUAGUGACAAAAAACGACACAAAACUGAUUGCCGCUCUGACGUCACAACCAUGGACUCAUACUUUGAUAAGUUUCCAACUAACGCAAGAUAUAACACUGGAAUUUCUAACAUUCACCCAAAACUGGUUGACACUAUUAAAAAUAACUAUGCAGAGGACUCAACAUGAGAAUAAAAGAUAUUUUAGCAAGGACAGCCUUCUUGUUAAAACAAUGUCAUCUCUGAAUAAGAAUGUCGUAGUUAAAGACAAUGAUGAUAUGGCUGAAGUGAAACAGAAGAUUUUAACUAUGGUCAAACAGAUUUUAGAAUAA